AUGAGCUUGGAUCCUUUGCUCCCCGUCGCCCCCGCGAGGGUCAAGGCGCUUCUCCUACCGUUGGGACACAUCAAGGCGGACCGCUUCGCAUCCUUUGUCGCGCGCCUGCACAACGAACAUGUUGUCCACCUCCGCGACAUCAGCGCCGAUGGGCGGCCGAAUAGGAACAUGUUCUCGCCCCUGGCGUACCCGGACGGCGCCAUGAUAUACGACCUCGUCACCCACGUUCCUCCGCCCUCGCAUCUAGCCCUCUCGCCUUUUGACCUAUACCGGGAACCCCUCGCUGUGAUAGCUCUGGCCGAUGGAACGGAGCUGGAUCAAGGAACGUUUAACAAGCGACAUUCGGCAAACGGCACGGGCCCGUCGACGGCUGAGAAGAAUAUCAGGACACUAUACCAGGAGCUCGAGGACCUGCGCGACAACUACCCCAAGGCCCUGGUGCACCAGGUCUUGGUGUUCGACUAUGUGGCUCCAAAAGAUUCGGAUAUUCCGAUACCUGAGGGUCUCGUGGCUAUCCCUCCGCAGGAAGAUUGCAAGAGGACAACGAUGAAGACGGUCAUGUGCGACAUCUCGUCGCUCCUCCUCGCCGAGAUGACAACACUCGCCAAGUCCUUCGAGGCCAUGACCAACAUCGAAUCCCCGGGGCAUAAUCCUACGAGACACACUAAUGGCGGAUCGUGGGGUGGUGAAGGGGGCAUCAACGGCUUGUCUAGGAGGAAUACGCAGUACGCACCCCGUCAUGCUGCUCGCUCUAAUUCAGCAGGCGGUAUCAUGGAUAGGGCCCAAUCGCGAAUGUCCAUGCCGGUGACCGGUCGUGGUGGGCUUCACUCGAGCAGCUCGACACCAGGAUUGACGUCGACGAUGGCGAGGAGCGGUCUUUCCAAUCCUCCGAUUACGUCAGAUGGUAUCGAGAGCACUACUGCGAGCACGAGUUCAACGCCAGAACCGAUUACCCGACCAGACACUGCCGAUAGCACUCGAGACACAAGUCGGGACCGGGUAUCGAUUCAAGGGUUCGGUGCUGGGGGUGUAAAUGACCGAUGGAGGCUCAAGGGCAAAGGUCGGGCUGCUGUCAUCGUGGGCUCCAUGUACCUCCAAGCUGGACGAUGGACCGACUCUAUCAAGGAGCUCAUCGAAGCCGCCACGACCGCGCGAUCUCUUAACGACCACGUCUGGCACGGCAAGGCACUCGAGCUCCUCUUGGUAAACCUGUUCCUCCUCGGUUGGCAGAAGCUGGAAUUCGUGGUACCCAGUGUGUGCUACCAAUGGACGGAGAAGCCAUCCAACAAGCAGGCGCCAGAUACGACACCCACUGACCCUGAGCAACCUAAACAUCUCAAGCAUCUCCAGUCAGUAAUGACGGAGCUCCUCGAUCGUAUCAUUGCGCUCUACACGAGGAUAUCGUCAGACAACCUCCCGCCAUUACCCCUAUCAGAGACCUACAUUCGGUUCGCCAAGAUUCAGUCGGCGCUCCACCUGAGCGAUGGCUUUUUGAAUGACAAGUCACUUGCGAUGAUUGUUACUGGAAAGAACCCUGACCAGCCACCGGUUCCAUCACCACGAUACCUGUCAACACCCACGAGGCAGCAGAUUGUGACGAUUCUCUUCAAGGCGUUCCCCUCCGGAGCUUCAGAACUUCUCACUACAGUGGACAGAGCGUCAAUACUGAGUGGCAUAGCAACGGUUCUGGGACCCCUUGGGCUUCACCGCAAGAAAGCAAUGGUGAUAAGAGAGCUCGUCUCUGUCCUCAUUGGGGGUCUCGUGGAGGCACGAACACGAGGAGCUGCGGAUAUGGGCAUUCAUCCUGCUGCUGGACUGGUCUCGUUGGCUUCAGGAGGAGGGUCUGGAGGUGGUGUCAUGGCUUUAGAUCUUGGAGAGGGCGAUGUUGAACAAGGAAUCGAUGCGCUGUUGGGUCUAUUGUGCAGAUCCUAUGGCAUCAUAGGCUAUGACAUGACGGGGAAACCUGGUGCUGAAAAGGGCGCCGAGGACUCGGAUGAGGCAGUGAUUGCCAGGAUACGCGGUCAGUCUGCGGCAAGAUUCUUUGGCUUUCCCGAUGUGAAACUCAACAUUCUGAGGGCGUGCAUCAACUUUUCGGAAGCGCUGCCGGACUUUGAUGGUGUUUUACGGUUCUCGAGCGAUCUCCUGCGAACGGCUGGCUCAGGGGUGGCCCCGGGCCCUCGACGGGAAGACGCAUCACCAAUGCUGCAUCGAGACGAACAAGUUCGAUUAGCAACCAACAUCUCGAGGACAUCGAACCUCGUUCAGCGGUUGGGUUAUUCAGACCUGGCAGCGGAAUACUGGGAUGAGUUCUUUGUCCGAAACAUCAAGCUCGAGCCUUCACCAAACAGCAAAACACCCAUACCCCACGAGAAGAAUAUUCUCCCUGGAGCCACUGCCAGUCGAGCAUCUCAGGACGUGGAUCCCUUCAUCUACAAUCCAUUCCUCAAGAAGCCCGAUGAGAUGGUGAAUCAGACGCUUGUGGCUGAUGAAUAUGCCACAUUCAAGAUCACCCUUCAAAACCCCUAUGAUAUCGAGGUGGAUGUUGAAAACAUUCAACUCGCUUCAGAGGGCGCGGCUUUUGAAGCAGUUCCCGAGGCAACGAUUGUCGGGCCUUAUCGCACUCAGGUAAUACGGUUGAGAGGACGCGCCAAGGAGGCGGGCACUGUCACCAUCACAGGAGCUUUGAUCAAGGUCCGAGGCUGCCGCGAGAGACGCUUUCCCACAUUUUCCAUGCCGUGGACUCCAAGGCAGGAUGCCAAGGUCAAGGCCAGGGGCUUGGGGGCACUUGAGGAAGCAGUGACGACAGUCCAGCCUUUCGCUCCCAAACUUGAGACGGAAUCACUGAGCCUCACAGCAAUCCAGGCGCAGCCACUGGUUGUGAUCAAGUCGACGACUCUGGCACAGUCUUCGCUCAUGAUCCUAGAAGGCGAGAGACAGGUCUUUAAAGUAACGUUGCAGAACCUUUCGGAAACGCCUGUGGACUUUAUGCUCUUCUCCUUCAAGGACUCUACACAGGAGCAGCUUCAAGCAGCCAUCAACAACCGAGAUGCGACAACGGCUGAACUGUACGAAUAUGAGCUGGCAUUAAUGAAGAGGCAGGCGCUGCGACUUCCCAAGAACCAGAAGGGUCGCAACAUUGCGCCUGGUGGAGAGGCGACGUUUGAGUUUGAGAUUCUUGGCAAGCCAGGGUUGAGGUGGGCGACGAUCCAGGUCGAUUAUACUCAUCUCGGAUGCCCUCAGAAUGAGAUCACUGAGCAGUUCUACACACGGCAGGUUUCAUUGGAUCUGACGGUUACUGUCAACGCCAGUGUUGAGCUUUCUCGCAUCGAUGCUCUGCCGGUGCACGGCGAGAUUCCGCAGCCAUUCUGGGAUCGUCUGGGCAGUUCGGUCGCGGCCAAGGCUGAUGAGUACUGUCUGGUGUCUGUGGAUCUGCGUAACGCCUGGCCGAGCCAGAUGGCGAUCCAUUUGGAGAGUGAUGAUGGAGUUUCUGUGCAAGAGGACAUUCUUCCCGGAAACACUAGCCGUGUCAUUCUUCCGGUCAAGAGGGUGUACCUGGAGGAUCCUCAUGCAACAAUACCAACACUUAACCCCUCCCGAAACCGACAGUUUGUGGUGAGCGCCAGCAAGAUCUCUCCCGAGAUGGAGCGAGCGAACCGCGAAGCCUUCUGGUAUAGGGAGAGAAUCCUAGGAUGUCUCAGGGCGACGUGGAAGACGCUGUCGCUACCUAAGAGGAGCGGCACGAUCGACCUGAGAAACAUCAGAUUGACGACGCGGAUGAUUGAGGCGAUCAAGGUGGACGAGGUUGAUAUUCAGAUCUCGGUCGAGGACGCCAAUGGAGAGGCUGCCGAGAAGGACGCUGCAUACGUGGAUGAGUUUAUGCUGCUCAAGGUGCACGUCACCAAUCGGACGUCUCAGCCCAUCUAUCCUCUUGUCAGGAUCUUGCCGGCGCUGUGUCACAGGCCAGCCAAUGUUGCCCUAGAGUUUACACGCAAGAUUGCGUGGAAUGGUACCUUGCAGCACCCGAUGCCCAUGCUGGAGGGCCAUCAAAGCGCUGAAGUAUCAUUGGGCAUGACGGUACUCUGCCGAGGCGAGUUUGAGAUCUCGGCUUCAGUAGAAGAAGUUCAAGUCUGGGAAGAGCCAGAGGCCCUCAAGUCACCAACACGGCCUCGGUCUGACACCCAGACCAUGAUGGACGCGGCGCUAGGAGUCAAGGAGAGACGGAUCUGGCACUCGAGACAACCAUGCGUGCUCAAGACAAGAGAUCGAAAGUAG